AUGGCCGACGACUCAGCUCCCGUUACCCUCCGCACUCGCAAGUUCAUUACCAACCGCCUGCUUGCCCGCCGUCAGUUCGUCGUUGACGUGUUACAUCCUUCACGGGCCAAUGUCUCCAAGGCUGAGCUCCAGGAUAAGCUGGCCAAGGCUUACAAGACCGAGAAGGACCGGGUAGUUUGCUUCGGUUUCAGGACACACUUUGGUGGUGGACGGAGUACCGGGUUCGCCUUAAUCUACGACGAUGAGGCGUCACAGAAGAAGUUCGAGCCCAAGUAUCGGUUAGUCCGACAAGGGCUGGCGCAGAAGGUUGACAAGGCUGGUCGCAAGCUACGGAAAGAGAGGAAGAACAGGGCCAAGAAGGUUCGUGGCACUCAAAAGACCAAGGCUGCCGAGCCCCCCAAGAAGGGCAAGUAA